AUGGGACGGAAUGUCCACACAGCUGGGCGGUGGGGCACGCGCUCUGGGAGCAGUGUCCGGCGCCUUCGCGCUCAGACCAUUACUACCACCACAACCAGCACCAUCAGCGAUGAAUGUCACUGCUGGAGCGAUCCUGAGCUCAGCCUACCUGGCUGUUGACUAUGUCGACUCGAUGCUUCCUGCGAACCCGCUCCGAGGACCUUUCCGUAGCGCCUGGGACUACAUGCUGAGCAAUUACACCAAGUUUCAGAUUGCAACAUGGGGCUCGCUACUUGUUCACGAACUCGUCUAUUUCCUUUUUUGUCUGCCUGGGUUUAUCUUUCAAUUCAUACCUUACAUGCAGAAGUAUAAAAUCCAGCAGGACAAGCCAGAAACGUGGGAAAAACAAUGGAAAUGUUUCAAAGUGCUGCUCUUCAAUCAUUUCUGUAUCCAGUUUCCCAUGAUCUGUGGCACUUAUUAUUUCACUGAAUUCUUUAACAUCCCUUACACUUGGGACUCUAUGCCAAGAUGGUACAUGCUGCUUGCUCAGUGCCUUGGUUGUGCGGUUGUUGAGGAUACCUGGCACUAUUUCUUGCACAGAUUGUUACAUCACCGGAGAAUCUACAAAUAUAUUCACAAGGUGCACCAUGAUUUCACGUCCCCAUUUGGCAUGCAAGCCGAAUAUGCUCAUCCAUUGGAAACCAUUAUCCUUGGAGCAGGCUUCUUCAUUGGAAUCAUGAUUUUCUGUAACCAUGUGAUACUGCUGUGGGCUUGGGUUGCUUUCCGCCUACUGGAAACUAUUGAUGUCCACAGUGGUUAUGAUAUCCCUGUGAAUCCCUUACAUCUGAUUCCAUUUUAUGCUGGAGCUCGUUUUCAUGAUUUUCAUCACAUGAACUUUAUUGGAAAUUAUGCUUCAACCUUUACCUACUGGGAUAAAAUCUUUGGAACAGAUUCCCAGUUUAAUGCUUACAAUGCAAAGUUUGCCAGCAAAGAAAAACUAGAAGAUAAGAUAAACUGAAGCCCAACAAGUGUAUCUCACACCCUUGAACUUUCUCUAAGUUUUCAAUUAAGGAUAGAGGUGUCCCCAGGUCAUCUCUUGCUGUAAGGGAGAUUAUUUAGGCUGUGCUAGAAUUUUUCAUCAGCUAUGUUGCACCAGCAAUUUAAUCUCUCGAGCUCAGAAACUUCUGAGAGUUGGGAGGAAUUCCACCUGAAAUCCAAGGAGUUGACAUCUUUCAUAUUUGACCAGCUAUCACUUCUGCAAAUUCACCAAAACAAAAUGUUUACAGUGUGACAGUAAAAGGGACACAAUUUGAACUGCUUUUCUCGUAUUGCAAGCCGUGUGCAUAGUGUACCCACUAUAUAAUAAUGCAUUAUAAUGUGACUUAAAGCUUGUCUUUGUAACAGCUAUUGCAUUAUUUUGGAUCAGUUUGACUCAUCAUCAUUUAUAAAUCUGGUGAAUACAGACAACAUCUUUCACAGAUUUGUACAUGACCCUUAAGAAUUAGCCAUCUAGGUAUGAGAGAAAACUUUCCUUAAACUGGAUUAAUUUGCAGAAAUUUUUAGGUUUUGUCUAUGUUCUGGGUGAUUUCAAUCCAUUAUUUUCAAUUUCUUGGUAAAUAUAUAUUAUCUAAGAUGAUUUUCUUGUCAGUAUUUUAAUGAACCUUGAUUACAUUAAACCCCUUGAUUACAUCCCAAGACUUGACGGAAUUAGUAUGUAAUUUUUCAUAUUUGCAUCUAAUAGUUUGGGAUAAAACAAAUUGUUAAAGAAAUAUUUCAUGAAGUUUAAGUUCUUAUUACCAGUAAGUGGUUCAGCGUUUUCCUUUAUGGUUUGGAAGUAGUCUGCAAAUUGGAAUAUCAUUUGAAUGCCAAAAUACAUUACAAGUUUUAUUAUCUGUAUUUUGUUGGUGCCUUUCUCAUUUUUGUUUUUUGGUUAAAAAAGGCACUGAAGGUCAGGAAUUUGUUCAUUUUAUUUGUUCUUGAGAUGUAUGCAUAUUUCGUUGUGUCUGCAUUUAUUAUGCACUGAUGUAUAAGAAUAAAGACAAUAGAUGAACAAACAAAGGAAAUUUAA